GUUUAGAAACAGAAGGUAAAUUACCACUAGAAACAUUAGAACCAUUAUUAGGUCUGGUCAAUUCUGUUAAUCUACACCCUGUUAAGGUAUCAAUGUAUUUACGUGAUAAUAUGAUACUAGUGAAUGAAUCAUAUAAAGUAUCAAUGUAUUUACAUAAUAAUAUGAUACUAGUGAAUGAAUCAUAUAAAGUAUCAAUGUAUUUACGUGAUAAUAUGAUACUAGUGAAUGAAUCAUAUAAAGUAUCAAUGUAUUUACAUAAUAAUAUGAUACUAGUCAAUGAAUCAUAUAAAGUAUCAAUGUAUUUACAUAAUAAUAUGAUACUAGUGAAUGAAUCAUAUAAAGUAUCAAUGUAUUUACGUGAUAAUAUGAUACUAGUCAAUGAAUCAUAUAAAAAGAAUAUGAAGGCUAGAGAUACUAAUGAUGUUAUGGCCGUUAAACUACAUUAUUUCACUACUAUUAUACGCCUAGCUAGAAAAUCUCAUGAUGACAAAAAUGAUAAUCUUCAAUUCUGGAUAAAAAGUUUAGUGAAGGGACGUGAUCAAGAUGGUUUCCCUGAGUUUGCUGAAAGAGUAGUUCGUCAGUCAUUAAAAGAGUUUCCCUAUGUUGAUUCACAAUUAUUCCAGACUUUGGUUAGACAGAUAUCUUCAGUUAAAAUUGGUGAUACACCAACAGCUCUAUCAUCACUAAUAGCUGGUGUUAAUGGUAAUCAGUUUGCUAUGGCUGAAGAUGUUUGUGCUACUUGUGGUGAAAGAAAUGCCGUCAAAUCUUGUUCAGUUUGUAAAUAUACACAGCUUUAUGGAACAACAAUCACUGGUUAA